AGUGUCGCUUUUUCACUUUCCCCGCCAUGUCUGCGUGCCCGUUGCAGUUAACAGAAUCGUGAUAACUUCGAACUUGGUCCGCAAUUGAGUCAACCGAUCGCCCAGCUGAAGAUGAAGAAGAUCAAGGCGCAAACUCUCAAAGCGACGAUCGAAGAACCGAAAUUGUGGAAUAUUCUGAAGAGACAGGCUGCCGAAUUUUGUCGCGAAACUGGAUUACACGGUUACAGAUACAUCAGUCAGACUCAACGUUCUAAGACUGAGCGGAUCACGUGGGUACUGGUGGUAUUUUCAUCGUUGUGCUGUGCUAUUAUUUUAAUGAAAAUGACUUGGAAUUAUUACGCCGCCCACCCCACAUUGACGGUUAUCGAAUCAACGCAUCACGGGAUCUGGAAUUAUCCGUUUCCCGCGAUAACAGUGUGCAACAUUAAUCGCCUAUCUUACAACUUAACUAAAGAAUUCGUCGACAAUCUAAAGAUACCAUCCAAUAUCUCAAGACAAUUUUUGCUCCAAGAAAUGAAGCUGCUGAACGAAUUAAUAGUGCCGGGAGUGUUCGGUUACGAUGUUAAGAAAAAUCUCACCCGCCUGCAAGACAUCAUAGACGAUAACAACUUAUCGAUUCUCGAUGUGAUGAAAGCAAUAACAAAAAAUUGCAGUUCUCUAUUGAUGUCUUGCAAGUGGAGAGGCAAAUUGGGACCAUGUGACAAACAUUUCAAGCAAAGUUUAUCACGGGACGGCUUGUGUUGUAGUUUCAAUUACUACACUUCCCCAACGAUAACCCCGAACAAAAUCCACAAAACUGCCGCCUGCGGGUACGAUACCGGUAUGACCCUAUUCUUGAAUCCUGAACCUAAUGAUUAUCACGCUUCGCUUAUCGGAUCAUUCGGAAUGAAGAUCAUGAUACAUUAUUCGUUCGAUUAUCCGGAUUACAACGCUGAAGUUCAAUUAAUACGACUAAAUAGUCAACACUUCAUGAGCGUCAACCCUGCGGAAAUGUACUCGAAACCUGAAGUGAGGAAUUUGGCUAUUUCUACACGAAAGUGUAUAUUUAACGACGAAGCUGACCAUGUGUAUGGGCAUGCUGUGGAGAGAAAUUUGAGUUUCACUUCGUACACGUAUCACAAUUGUCUCGCGGAGUGCCGAGCCACUGUCGCAAGAGCGAAAUGUGGAUGCAUACCUUUUUACUUUCCACAAAAUAGCUCCAGAAUGUGUAAUCUUAGGGAUAUUCAAUGCUUACAUAAAUAUAAUUCAUUCAUCGACACUUCAUGGCCGGGAUUUACUACAAAUCUACCCUUUACGGUAGCUGAUAUCAAACAGUCGCCUUGCGGGUGCCUACCAGAUUGCUCUCUAUAUCGUUAUCCCAUAGAGAACUCUUUUGGUCAGCUCGACUAUUCUGUUUAUUACAAUAAUGGCAGUUACACAAAGAAUCCCAGUAACGCAAUCAGUAUACAGAAUCACAGUGUGUUACACGUGUUCUUCAAUGAUUUGGUGGGCUUUCAAUACCGACGUUCGGUCAAUUAUACCUGGCGCAAUCUGUUCGCAUCAUUUGGCGGCUUGCUCGGACUGUUCGCCGGAUUCAGCCUCGUGUGUAUCUUUGAGUUUCUGUAUUUCUUCGUCAUACGUGUGAUAAUCGACACAUACAUCAGCCCCACGAAGCACAACAAUGUACAACACUAACGGUAACAGAAACAACUCACACAGCAUAACGUUUCAAAUCGGGACAUAAGACAUCUUAAAGACGUUUGUAAGUAAACCAUCUUUCACACGUCUUACCUCCCGACUUUAGACGUUACGUUGUCUGGGAAGAGUUUGAAAAUAUAUCAUCGGACGCGGCAGGUUGUUAAUUAACGCAAAAGAAGACGGCAGAAUAGCGACGUUGUUGAGUACAAUCGUACUACAGCAAAAACGUCAUCAUCGUUCAAUUACCUUUCACGGCCGGUGAGAAUCGGUAAGCAUGCGCGUUCCUGCAUAUGUGACACGUACACCCGACGAACACAGAAAAUAACUAUUACACAACGCACGGGAGUAACGCGUAUGACAAUACGACGGCCGUCGGUUACGCCGAUUGUUGUGCAGACUUUUAUAGAGUCUUGAAGUUAGUACGGUUAGCCAAGGUAAUGACGUGUGCCAGAGCAGCGAGGCUGGAGUGUUUAACACUUUAUCUGCCUCCUCGAUGUUAUUAAUGAUACUCGCUGAGUCAGGCGUCAGGCGGAACGCGGGCGACGAGGCGGUGAGCGGCAUCUUCAAAGUUUAAUAUCCGCAUGAGCGGAGUCACUCCCGGCCGACCAGCCGUGGAGUCCUGCUAUUCGUAGGACUCUCGUAGGACACGUCUCGGCGUUUCGUCCUCGGGCUGGUUUCGCCCUCGACAUCCUUCAGACCGCUGGCGAAUCGAGAGGCUACUUUAUUUCGAAUAUCGGCUGCGAGAGAUGGGAAACAGGCAGGCGAGUUAUAAAAAAGAAGUGCGGCGCCACUCGCGAGGGGAAGGACGGCGAGAAAGUAAACGAUCGUACGAAGUGAAGUCAACGGCCCACCGAUGUCUUCGCGCUGUCGCGUCUGAGCUCGUUGUUUAUAUUUAUCAUUUACCGCGUGUUGGUCCACCUUGUUACGUCGGAAAUAGAAUCAUAUCUACUGUAUGCAACAACUGUAUUAUAUCACAUUGAAUAUCUCUGAAAUGUCAGAGUAGGGGAAAAAUGUGUCGAAAUAGAAAUCGUACCGAUACCUCAGUGAUCACCUGCGGACACCUGUGAAUAUAUUAACUUCU